UAUCACUAAUUGGCUCGUUCACGUUACCUCCUGAACCCAAUGUCAAGCAACUUCUAACCACACCUUCUCUCCUCUCCUCAGGGUGUGACCUCAAUGCCUUCAGGGAGGACACAGCGACAACGUGAGGCCGCCUCCGCCCCUGCCCACCGCCACCUGUAUUAGGACACACGUGGGCAGCAGCGAGGGAGGAGGACUAGACAGGAUGAACGGAGCUUUGUAUGAGGACUCGGCCGGCACACGAGGCCUGGAGCCUACGGGCCAAACACCACUACACAUCCCGGCCAAGCGUGUGGCCACCACCCUGGCUGUGUCCACGUACCCGCACCCGCCCGAGUGCCCCACGGGGCCUGACUCUGGCACCGCGGCGGGUGUCAUCAGGCACUCGCACUCCACACAGCCCUGGAACUACCAGCCGGAGCAUGCAGCAGCCACGGCGCCCUUCGACUCCCAGUACGGCCAGGCCUUCGGGCGGGACGGGGUCACGCCCACGUACUAUAACAUUGCGGAUACCAGAGUGGCUGACCGCAAGACUUUGGCCUUCUGGCCCAACAAAUACGACUACGCACCGGGGCCAUCCUCGAUGACCACGGAGUCAUGCCAAGCCUUUGCCGCUCAGACCUGGUGCAACUACCCUCCCUACGGGCGUGUGGGCCAUGUCGAUGCCCACGGCCAGCCCGUGCCAUACCUAACGGCGGCAGAUGGUGCCCCAAAAUCUGCCAUGGAAGCUGCCGCAGGAUAUCCCCACGACGGCUACCUGAGGAACUACCCCACAGCAGAGACUAUGCCCCCCGCACCUUACCCUCCAGCGCAUCGGCCGCCCUUCCCCGUCUCACAUCCAGGUAAAGUCCCGAGUACAACCUCAACCCAGGUCACAGACUUCUCCAUCAUCAAGACUUACUGCAGUGUAUCAUCGUGGCCACCCAUGGGAACUGGAUACCUUGGCGGUUCCCAGCUAACUGUUGGGGAUCUCGGAGCAGCAGGAGGCCCCAGGAGGUACGAGUUUAGGCCCACCGGCGUGUGGACAUGCCGGUUCGUACCAACUCCUACCCCCUAG